AUGGCCGCCACGCCGGACCUGACCCUCCUUGGGCUCUCGGAGCAAAAGGUGAAAGAUACCUUGAAAAAUGCCGCGUUGACGAAGCUUCUCGUCGACGUCAUUUCGGCAACAAAAACGCAUCUGAAAGCGACGAAUGUGCCCGAAGCAUCGUUUAGCAAGCAACAGGGAACGUUGCUGUACCACGUUGGCACUCGGAUCAAGAAUCAGUGCCUGCAGCACAUUCCGUUGAUCGUCGAGUACAUCGCCAAUGGUGGUUGGAAGAGUGAGCAGCAGGUCGUCGCUGGAUUGGAAUAUCUACUCGCCAAUACAGUGUCCGGAAUCGACCGAAAAGCGUUGGAAGCUGCUUCCGGAGUGGGCGUCGUCGUGACCGUCGACGAGAUCGAGGACGCGAUCACCGAGCUCAUCAACAAAUACAAGGCGCAAAUUGUCUCCGAGCGUUACGGAUUUGCGGUCGGGAAGCUGCUGGGCGAGAUCCGCAGCUCGUUACCAUGGGCCGAUGGAGCAUACGUGAAGAAGGAGUGCGAUUUGCGGCUAUUGGAAGUGCUCGGCCCGAAAACGGAGGAGGAUUUGGCCCCGAAGAAAAAGACAAAGAAGGAAGAAAAACCGAAGGAAGCCAAACCGACCGCAGCAAAGAGUGGCCAACCCAAAGAAGCCAAGGAAGAUGAACUGGCGACUGAUGGAGCGUCGACCAUCGAGGAACUGAUGCGAACAAGGGCCAAUUUCCACAAGCCAGGAGAGAACUUCACCCAGGACGGCUACGUGGUGACGCCCAAGACGAAGGACAUUUUGAAACAGCAUCUAAAGGAGACUGGCGGAAAGGUUGUCACCCGAUUCCCUCCUGAGCCGAACGGCAUCCUGCACAUUGGCCAUGCCAAGGCGAUCAACAUUAACUUCGGUUAUGCAAAGGCUCACAAUGGGAUUUGCAAUCUACGCUUCGACGACACAAACCCGGAAAAAGAGGAAGAGAAGUUCUUUGUCGCCAUCGAAGAUAUCGUCGGAUGGCUAGGCUACAAACCUGCACGCGUCACCCACUCCUCGGAUAACUUUGAUCAGCUAUACGAGUGGGCCAUCGUUUUGAUCAAGAAGGGUCUGGCAUACGUCUGUCAUCAGCAGGUCGAAGAGAUGCGCGGACAUGACGUCAAGUUUUCGCCGUGGAGAGAUCGCCCCGUUGAGGAGAGUCUGCAGCUUUUUGAGGACAUGAAGAACGGGAAACUUGACGAGGGCGAGGCGACGCUGAGACUGAAGACCGUCCUUGAGGAGGGGAAGGUCGACCCGGUCGCGUAUAGGAUCAAAUACUGCGAGCACCACCGCACGAAGGGGAAAUGGUGCAUCUAUCCCACGUACGACUACACGCAUUGCCUCUGCGACUCCAUCGAAAACAUCACCCAUUCGCUGUGCACCAAGGAGUUCCAGAGCCGACGCUCCUCUUACUACUGGCUGUGCAACGCGUUGGAUAUCUACUGCCCGGUUCAGUGGGAAUAUGGCCGAUUGAACGUCAACUACACGGUUGUGUCGAAGCGCAAAAUCCUGAAGCUGAUCGAGACGAAGACUGUCAACGACUGGGACGAUCCGCGGCUUUUCACGUUGACGGCCUUGCGACGUCGUGGAAUCCCGGCCGAGGCUAUCAACGCGUUCGUCGCAAAACUCGGUCUGACGAUGUCACAAAUGGUCAUCGAUCCCCAUUUCUUGGACGCCACCGUCCGCGACUACCUGAACAUCCAUGCACCAAGGACAAUGGCCGUGAUGGAGGGGCUUCGAGUGACGAUCCGCAACUUUGAAGACCUGAAGCUCGGCUCCAGCCUGCAGAUCCCCGAUUUCCCCGCCGACCCACAAUGCAGCAAGACUCAUCAGGUGGCCGUCGACAAAGUGGUGUACAUCGAGGAGUCGGACUACCGCUCGGACAGCAAAGACAAGUCGUUCUACCGUCUCACCCGCGAUCGUCCCGUCGGCUUGAAGCAUCUGGGUGUUGUGCUGUUUGUUGAAGAAGAGAAGAAGACGGGCGACCGCGUGACCGAACUGGUCGUGCGCGCCGAAAAGCUGAGCGAGUCGAACAAGCCCAAGGCGUUCAUCCACUGGGUCUGCAAGCCAGUGUCCGUCGAGUGCCGACUCUAUGAGAGACUCUUCCGCCACAAAAACCCGGAGGAUCCAGCUGAAGUACCUGGCGGCUUCCUCUCGGACUGCAAUACGAAUUCGAUCACCGUGCUGCACAACGUGCUGGUCGACAACUACAUCGCCAAGUCCAAGGUCUACGAUCGGUUCCAGUUCGAGCGCAUCGGCUACUUCUCCGUCGAUCCUGAUGCCACCCCGGCAAAGCUCGUCUUCAACCGCACCGUGCUGCUGAAGGAGGACGCGGGCAAGCAG